AAUCGACAGAUCCAAAUCACGUGCAUGAUACAAUGCACUAAUUGUGCAUUGGCAGGACAUGUGUCGGCGAUCUGAAUCUAGACAGUUAAAUUGCGGCUCUCCAGCUUGAAUUCCACCAGGCAAACGGUUCCCACACACACACGUAAACGUAAUAUUCGAUCCCAUGGCUGAAUCCAAGUGGAAUGGCGGCGGUGUCGAUGCGACGGCAGCGAUGAUGCUCCACGGCCGCGUAGCCAUUGUCACCGGUGGUGCCGGCGGCAUCGGCUCGGCCGUGUCGAAGCACCUGGCGUCGCUCGGCGCGCGCGUCGUGGUGGCGUACAUCGGCGACCCGGCGCCUGCUCUGUCGCUGGUGAGCGGCAUCAACUCCAGCCACCCCGGCGAGAGCCUCAGCCAGCAGCCGCGUGCCAUCGCGGUGGAGGCGGACGUGUCGGACGCGGCGCAGGUAAAGGCGCUGUUCGACGCGGCGGCGGCGGCCUUCGGCGAGGAGCUCCACAUCCUGGUGACGCUGGCGGCGGUGCUGGACUACUCCUACCCGCCGCUGGCGGAGACCAGCGAGGCGACGUUCGACGCCACGUUCGGCACCAACACGCGCGGCACCUUCCUGUGCUGCCGCGAGGCGGCCAGGCGGCUGGUCCGCGACGGCCGCGGCCGCAUCGUGACCUUCUCUUCGUCGGGGGUCGGGUCGCUGCGCCCUGGCUACUCGGCGUACGCGGCGAGCAAGGCGGCGGUGGAGGUGAUGACCAAGAUCCUGGCGCGCGAGCUGCGCGGCACGGGGAUCACGGCCAACGUGGUGGCGCCAGGGUCCACGGGGACACCCAUGAUGUACACCGGCAAGACGGAGGAUGACAUGCAGCGGUACAUCGCCGAGGCGCCGCUGGGCCGGCUCGGCAUGCCCGAGGACAUCGCGCCGCUCGUCAGCUUCCUCGCUAGUGAUGCUGGCCAUUGGGUCAACGCCCAGGUCCUGCGCUGCAACGGUGGCACCAUCUAGUAGAGGCGGUGCAUCUCCAUGGCUACUACUUCCUUUCAACCAUCUUAUUAUAACUAGUAAAAGUGUCUGUGCAUUGCAACAAAGUAUGUAGCUUCUGAUACGGUCACCCUCUCACUAGUUGUUAAUUUGAUAAUUUUUUAACACACCUUUCAUUGGUUCCAACAUGCAUGUUUUAUAAAUGGAUUCUAUACUAUCAUUAUAUGAUUCUUGGAGUCA